AGCGAGCAGCCCCGCAGCAGACAGCACAUGGGCGUUCUAAAUGCCACCUUUCCCCUCGGCAGCAAACAGACCGAGAGAAAACCCACCAGAGCCCCUCGCGCAGUCGCGCGCGGGCAGUGACCAUGGCCGCCGCCCUCCGCCCCCUCGCGCGCCGCCGGGCGACGGAACCGGCGCCUCUGCCCCUGCUGCAGCCUCUGUUCCCCGCGUCGACGGCGUCGUACUCCAAGCCUCCCUCCACUCUCCGUGCCGCCUCGGCCAUCGCCGGCGGUGCCGGCCUCGCGGACCUGCUCCGUGUUCAGCUCCGUCCGUCCCCGGUGCCAUCCCUACUCCGCCUCCACUCGAACAAGGUUUCAUCCCCUCUCCUGGCCACCACCACUGCUGCUGCCAUCGUUCCAGACACCCACCACAUUCAGUUCUCUCUGUAUCCAGGGCCAUCCUUGAUCCGCCACUACACAAGCGGCGGUGCGCCAGCAUCACCAAGGCAACUGGUCAAUAGCCAGACGACACGGAGUCUGAAGCUACUCGCCCUGGCAUUUUUCUUGCUUAUGGUUUCAGAUUGGAAAGGGCUCUUGAGCUUUUUUGUGGGGGAAAUACACUGCAUGAUUACAACAGGAUGUCUGACCAUAGUAGUGAAUGACUUGGUGGAGCAGUCUGAAAUUAUUGAUGAAGCCAUGGAGGCCUGUAAGAAUGCUUGUCAUUUAUUAAAAAAAGGGUUGGAUGAUAAAGCUUCUGCAAUGUUUGAUCAAGGAAUGGAAGACUUUCUGAAAGCUGUUGCUGUAUAUGAAAAGGGGUUGGAUUAUAUUGUUAAAAGAUGUAAUGAGUUGCCACCGGAUACACAGCAAGAGAUUAGGAUGUUGUGCAAAAGAAUGCAUGGCUCAAUCAAGAGGAAGAGGGAAAACAUGAAGAAUUUGUCACGUUAUUUUGAGACCCUGAAGGAUAAUACCAAGGGGGACUGGGUCUGAUAAGACCCUGUAGACCCUGAGGCGGUGAGGAUGCUGAGCAAGGGAAUUGUUGCCGAGGUGCUUGCAUCAUGUCUUCUUCUGGUAAUGACGAUUGUAGGGAUGUAUGUAGCUUAGUGUUUUAAUCUAGAGUACUGCGGUCAUAUGGUGUUAUGGCUAAAUUGCUGGCUUUAUUUGAUGAUGAUGUAGGUUGAGGUAGAUUGGAUCUCGCCCUCACAUUGGAGGCUUUAAGAUUGAUCCUCUACUUCUUCCUUAACCCUUACAAUGACUCUGACGUGCUUUAUAUAAUAGCCGGCCUAACAGACUCCAAAACCAA